GUAGUUCCGGGGUCAGGGCUCGCUCAGCUAACAUCAACCAAACCGUUGACGGUAACACGGAAACAGAACGAGCUGACUGUCCUCUCCUCCCGGACGUUCUCCUCCGCUACCAGCGAGCCUCCUGCCUCUGGAUCCCGGCUGUUCCCGCCUCUUCCUCCGUCCUCCUGGUCCGCACCGGUCAAUAAGCCUGAAGCAUGUCGGCAGUGCAGCGGAUGAAAGUGGCAAACGAGCGACACAGCAAGACGAUCACACAGCGGGGACACGUCCAGAAAACGUCGCGGCCAGUAAACGAUGAGAAGUCUCCGGUGGGCCCGUGGCUGCUCGCUCUGUUCGUCUUUGUGGUUUGUGGAUCAGCCAUCUUCCAGAUCAUCCAGAGCAUCAGGCAGGGCAUGUGAUGAUCUUUGACCCCAGAGAUGCUGAGCCCGAUGGAGGGAGGGAGGGGCACAUCGCCUUCAAAACACACCCCCAACACACUCUCUCACACACACACUUGUACCUGUGGAGUCUGGACUCUUCCCUCUCUCUCUGCAGCACAUCGCCUGUUUGUUUACUCCCGUCUCUGUCGAUGAAGCUGAUCCAUCACAUAUUGAUAAUUGGUUCCUGUCAGAUGAAGUCUUAAAUCCUCUUCCUGUCGGUCGUCCAGCUGCUGUCUCUCGUCUCUGCUGCUUUUCUCAGUCCCCGGUUUAAAGGGACAAAGCGCUGUUCUUCCUGCUGUCGGCUCAUUAAUCAUAAAUCCUGCGAACGCGCCUCCUUUCUCAGACCGUCGCUCAGUCUUUAGGACCCUCGUGAGUCUGAGCUCAUUUACUCAGAAAGACUCAGCCAUCAUACUGUGAAUCAUUGUAAUAACAGGACAAAGUUAAGGUUCAGACAGAUGUUUACAUGCAGCACGCCUCAGAUUUUAAACUUUUGUACAUUGAAGCCUGAGAAGAGCAGCCCAGCCUGGAAGACUUUUAAUGUGAAAAAAAAGAAUGUCUUCCAAAUUAAAAGUCUAACACACCUGUUCUAGUUUCAGUUCAUAUUGAGUGUAUUUGUUGUGAAUUUUGUAUUUUUGUCAAUAAUAGUUCAGUGAUUUAUGUGAUUUCGAGUGCUGUUGCUAACCGCUGUUUAAUGACUGCUUAUUACUUAGUGUUUCAAAUGUGAAACAAACAAAAAGAACAAAUCUAUUUAUUUCUGAGGA